AGGUGAUGCUUCUUGCGUGACGUAUAACCUAGUGGACAGGACAGAAGGCUUCUUCAACCGCGACAAAUGGCGUAUAACGGACUGGACGUAUAAUGGACGGGACGCUUCUUCAGGAACAACAAUUCUUUCAACCGCCUCGGUAGCUUGCUAGCCAACAUAAAACUGAAAGAAUGACGCUUUAGACCAUGUUAAUGUACAUUAGCUAAUCUCCGUGUUUUGAACACAUUUCAGUUGACGUAUCAACUGGUUAACUUGAACCUAAUUUGCUUGUUCAAUUUGCAAACUUGUUAAAUAUUGAUGCUGAGCCUAGCACUAGGUUAGUCGCUAAUGAUAACUAGCUAGCUAACUAACUAACAUCCCUGACAAUGAGCUCACUAAACUACUCAACCCCUGCUAAAGAAGAAGAAGAGGUCUACUGGACGGAGAAAGAACCUCUGGCGCUGAACAUUGUCGUGAAAGAAGAAGAUAAUAUUACAGUGAAAGGAGAGAAAGAACCUCUGGCGCUAAACAUUGUCGUGAAAGAGGAGAAUAUUACAGUGAAAGGAGAGAAAGACCCUUUCAGAAUGAAAAUUGAGGAAGAGGAGGUUGUUAUAGGAAAAGAAGAGAAAGAACAUUUUCGAGAGGAUGAGGAUGCUAUCUCAAUGAAGGUGAAGAAGGAAGACGUUUUGGGAGUGAAAGAGGAGGAGACAGAAUAUCAGAUUAACACCAGAUCAAGACAUGACUAUCGUGGAUCCUCUGGGGAGCCUCAACAACAUCCUGAUGCUGACUAGGCAGAGAAGAGUCUCUCCAGAUCAGAACACCAGAUGGACAACGCUAGCCCUUCCUCCCUCCUGGAGUCCCUGUGUCAUGCCUCUCCCAGUAGCGCCUUACUGCUGGGUAUGAAGAGGUUGUCUGUGCUGCUGGUGGACUGCAGGAAAACAACGGGGCUGAGUGGAACUGUGAGAGGAGGAGCAGAGAAGAAAGGAUCAGAUUUAACUUAUCAAAGAGAAAGACCAGACUCAGAGGAACCAGAGCCAGUGAAGUCCAAACCAGCAAAACAACACCUCUGCUCCCAUUGUGGAAAGAGUUUUAACCAGAAAGAGCACCUGAAAAAACAUGAGAGAAUACACACAGGGGAGAAGCCUUACCACUGCUCCCAGUGUGGAAAGCGUUUUAACCAGAAAAGCAACCUGAAAAAACAUGAGAGCAUACACACAGGGGAGAAGCCUUUCCAAUGCUCCCAGUGUGGAAAGAGUUCUGCUCACUUAUGUAAACUGAAAACGCAUCAGAGAAUACACACAGGGGAGAAGCCUUACCACUGCUCCCAGUGUGGAAGGAGUUUUGCCCACUUAUGUAACCUGAAAACACACGAGAGAUUACACACAGGGGAGAAGCCUUACCCCUGCUCCCAGUGUGGAAAGCGUUUUACCCACUCAUGUAACCUAAAAACACACAAGAUAUUACACACAGGGGAGAAGCCAUACCCCUGCUCCCAGUGUGGAAAGAGUUUUGCCCACUUAUGUAAACUGAAAACACAUCAGAGAAUACACACAGGGGAGAAGCCUUACCACUGCUCCCAGUGUGGAAGGAGUUUUACCCACUUAUGUAACCAUAAAAGACAUGAAAGAUUACACACAGUCUGAACAGUAGAACAUAGGAUAGAUGUAGGCUGAACAGUAGGACAUAGGCCCGAUGUAGGCUGAACAGCAGGAUUUAGGACAGAUGUAGGCUGAACAGUAGGACAUAGGGAAGAUGAAGGCCUCUGAACAGUGGGACAUAGGACAGGUGCAGGUCCAAUAAAUGGUGGGCCAGUAGUCCCCAGAGAUUCAAUGUGUAUUGACUUUCAAGUGUUUUCUGUACUGCAUGUAAUAUAGUGGAUUGUGUUUAUGGAUUUGUUAGACAAUAUAUAUUGUAUCAUACCAUACAUGCUCUCAUUUUCAGAAAAAAAAGUCAUUGGUCCUAGGGGGAAGAUCAGCUUUAAUAUGGAACAUAGAUUGCAUCAUUUCCAAUCCCCCAUAU